AUGAUUGAAGUGCUAGUCAACGAUCGGUUGGGGAAGAAAGUACGUGUUAAGUGCCUCGACGACGACCUUGUGGGGGACUUCAAGAAGAUCCUUGCACUACAACUAGGUACUCAAGCUAAUAGAAUUGCCUUACAGAAAGGUGGGAACGUUCUCAAGGACCAUAUAUCGUUGGGAGACUAUGAGAUCCACGAUGGUACAAAUUUGGAGUUGUACUAUGUUUAA